AUGAGUCGAGGCUCCAGUGCUGGUUACGAUCGUCACAUUACUAUCUUUUCACCUGAAGGUCGAUUAUAUCAAGUCGAGUACGCCUUCAAGGCCAUUUCUAACAGCGGCAUCACCUCUGUGGGUGUGCGAGGACAAGACGGAUGCGUUAUCGUCACUCAAAAGAAGGUGCCUGACAAAUUGCUUGAUCCUUCUACUAUUACACACGUCUUCAAACUCACGCCCAAGAUUGGAUGUGUCAUGACCGGCAUGAUUGCGGACGCUCGUUCACAAGUAACCAGAGCACGUCAAGAGGCUGCUGAAUUCCGCUACAAGUAUGGUUACGAGAUACCAGCCGAUAUGCUUGCAAAGCGUGUCGCCAAUAUCAAUCAAGUGUAUACUCAACAAGCUGCUAUGCGACCUCUUGGUGUUUCUAUGAUCUUGAUUGGUUAUGAUGAUGAAAUGGGUCCCCAACUCUUCAAGGUUGAUCCUGCUGGUUACUAUGUUGGAUACAAGGCUACAUCAGCUGGUGCCAAGCAACAAGAGUCCUUGAAUCAUCUUGAGAAGAAGUUGAAAAAGAACCCAACACUCAACAUGGAAGAUACUAUCGAGUUGGCAAUCACCACACUUUCGACAGUGUUAGCAGUGGAUUUCAAGGCAUCUGAAAUUGAAGUUGGCAUUGUGGAGAAGGAUCAACCUGAUUUCCGUACUCUUUCAGUGGAGGAGAUUGAUGAUCAUUUGCAAAGAAUAGUGGAGAAAGAUUAA